AUGUUACAACCGAAACGCGAACGCCGCUUUCGCCAGAGUUUGGCCCACUACACCCUGAAGGCGACCCUUUAUGGAUCUUGGGUGCUCGGACUUUUUCCAUUCACCUUUGACCCCAGGAAACGGCAACUGCAUCGUUCCAAGUGGCUUUUGGCAUAUGGCUUGAUCCUGAACAUAAGUCUGAUGGUCUUGUCUUUGUUACCGGAAACAGAUGAUCACAAUACCGUGAAGGUGGAGGUGUUUGAGCGUAAUCCCUUGGUGAAGCAAUUCGAACAACUCGUGGAGGCUAUAGGCUUCGUUACCACUGUGGUGACCCAUCUGCGACUUUUCUGGAAAAGCAAGGAGUUGGUUGCGAUUCUCAAUGAGCUCCUGGUGCUGGAAAACCGUCACUUUAGUAAGCUAAUCCUUGCAGAUUGUUUUCAAUCCGAUAGGUAUGUGAUCCACAAGGGUAUUGUGAUAAUCCUGGAGCUCGGUUCCUCCUUGGUGUUAUACUUUGGAGUCCCCGAGAGUAAGUCCGCUGUGCAGGAGGCUUUCUGCAUCUACAUUGUCCAGCUGGAAGUUCUCAUGGUGGUGAUGCACUUUCACCUGUUGAUGAUCUUUAUUUAUCGCUAUAUAUGGAUAAUCAACGGACAGCUUUUGGAGAUGGCCAGUCGGUUGAGAGGAGGUGGAAGUGUGGAUCCUGAGCGAGUGCGGCUGCUCCUUUGGCUAUAUGGUCGCAUUCUGGACCUUAAUAAUCGCAUCGCCUACAUUUACGACAUCCAGAUAACUCUUUUUAUGGCUACCCUGUUCUCAGCCAACAUUAUUGUGGGCCAUGUCCUCGUCAUCUUUUGGACCAACAUCAAUAGAUUCUCGCUUUUAGCCACGGUUCUGCUCUUUCCACAAGCAUUAAUCAUCAACUUUUGGGAUCUUUGGCAGGGCAUCGCCACUUGCGAUUUAGUCGAGACUACAAGCAGAAAAACCUCAAUGAUCUUAAAGUUAUUCAACGAUAUUGAAGGAAUGGACACCGAACUGGAAAGAAAAAUAUCUGAUUUUACUUUAUUCUGCAGCCAUCGCAGGCUAAGAAUUCGUCACUGUGGAUUGUUCUAUAUAAACUACGAGAUGGGCUUCCACAUGAUCAUCACCAACAUUUUAUAUGUGCUUUUCCUGGUACAAUUCGAUUAUAUGAAUUUAAAAUUCAAAUCAGAUGAUUGA